AAACAAAAGGAGACGCAAGACGCAUGCGUUAGUGAGUCCCGGAUUCUGGUGGGUUCUUCCGCUCAGACCUGGGGAAGCACUUCCGGGUCGCCGCCGGCUGCCGGUUCUUGGCGCGAUGAGGAAACUGAGGCCCAGAGAGGUUAAGUGUAUUGGCCAAAAUCAAAGAGCUAGUAAGUGAUGGAGCCAGGACUCAAACUCAGCUUAGGAGCCAUGUCCACCUUGUUCCCUUCACUCUUCCCUCGUGUGACUGAGACACUGUGGUUUAAUCUGGACCGACCCUGUGUGGAGGAGACAGAGCUGCAGCAGCAGGAGCAGCAGCAUCAGGCCUGGCUCCAAAGCAUCGCAGAGAAAGACAACAACCUGGUACCUAUUGGCAAGCCGGCCUCAGAGCACUACGAUGAUGAGGAAGAAGAGGAUGAUGAAGAUGAUGAGGACAGUGAAGAGGAUUCCGAAGAUGAUGAGGACAUGCAGGACAUGGAUGAGAUGAAUGACUAUAAUGAGUCACCUGAUGAUGGAGAGGUCAAUGAGGUGGACAUGGAAGGCAACGAACAGGAUCAGGACCAGUGGAUGAUCUAGGUAGACAAGCCAAGGUGGCCUCAGAGUGAUUCCAGACCACCCCAACCUAUUUUGAAUCUACAGCCUCAGCCCCUCAGCCUGCAGAACCAGCUUGUGGCUGUAGUGCCUAAAGCUUUCCCUUAGGCACUGUCUCAGCUACUGCCAGGACAAGGUCUCCUUGGGCCCUUCCAGGCCAUGAGUCUUCCCUUGAAUCAUCCCAUCUUCCUGGCUGGUACCUCACUCCUUGGUUGCCAGGUGUGGUCCCUUUCUAGCCCUCUUUAAUAAAGACACAGGACUGAUUGUUUCCCCAAUGUCUAUUCCCUGUUUGUUGGUGGGACCCAGAGUUCAGAAUCAUUUCUUGGACAUUGGGACGGGGUUAUGUAAGGACUCUCAAGCAAACCUCAUGGACCACGUUGGCCAGGAUCAGAGCCCCGGUUUCUGUGAUUGGUAAUUCUUAUGGCCUAUCUUGUACCCAGAUGUUCCUACAGGGCCUCAGUGUCUGCAGCUGCCUCCUAUCUCAUCUGAAUCUCAUAGCUGUGAGGCUCUGGGCUUCUGCCAACCAGAUGUCUUUUUGUUGUUUUUAUUUAUGUUAUGCUUAAAAGUGUUUUGUCUGUCUGUAUGUAUAUCACAUGUGUGCCUGUGCUAUGUGAGUGCUGGGAAUCGGACCUAGGUCCUUUAGGUUGGGAGCGUCUGGCAGUGCUCUUAACCGUUGAACUAUCUCUCCAGCCCCUUCAGCCAGCUGUCUCAGUUUUAAGAGUAAACUGAAUCUCAGAGGAGGGAAGGAUUCACUUGGAGGGAACAAUCAAUAACUAAGUUGACAGCUCAAGCCUCUUGCUUCCGGUUCCUGAUUUUCUAUGAGGGGACUUUGUAGGACCAAGAAGGCUAAUAGAAUUUGACACUUCAGAUUAGUAUGGAGGUUGGAGGGGGACAAAGUUAAAAAGAAUGCCUCCCCAGCCUGACCAUAUCAUGUGUUGGAUACUAGACAGAAAGGGAAAUGAGAUAUUCUGAGGUCUGCUUGAGUGGGGUUGGGAUUGUAUUAGUAAAUAUCUCAGGUCCUGGACCUCAGCCGGGUCCAGUAUAGGUGAGUUGGGCUAUGCCAUCUUUAAUGGCAGGGAAGUCUGGGAGGCUGGUGUGGUGGAGGCGGUAGCGAUAGCGACCACAGCUCUUGGUGUACUGUAGGAAACGGGGUGCACCAGGAAAAAGCACAUGGUCAGCCAAUACAGUGGCGCCGUGUGGGAGCAGAGCAUGGGCCUCCAGUAGCUGCAGAUCUCUUAAGUAAUAUCGAGGCCGGUGUGCCAGGAGCACCAGAUCUGCACGAUUCAGCUGGUGCUGAGCUCUUAGGCGUGGGAUCACUUCCUCUGAGCUGCCUGCAAUGAGCUCCACCUGUGGGGAAAGCCAUAGCUGGAGGUGAGGAGAACUGCUUUUCCACUCUAGACCCCACCAGGAUCUGGCUGAUUUAUGCCAGGUAUUAAUCUAGGCCUUCACAAGUUUCUCACGUUUCCUCUGACCUCAGAAAUCCAGUAGUCAGUCUCAGUAUUGUAAUUCUAUUGUGUGCCCAUGAAAAGGCUGAGAAUCAGAGGCUGUGUGUUUCCCCUGGGGUCACAUGACUAACCAAAGACUAAGAUUUGGACUCAGACUUGCUGAGCUAUGGAGAGCUUCCUUUUAGCUGCUGGUUUUGUAAUCCCGCAGGAAGUAAGUGCAAAAGACUUGGGAUUGGGAGUAGGAGCAGCAUGCCCUCCAGGAUGCCAGCUGCCUGAGUGGAGCUGCUUCCUUGAAUGGGAGUCCCUCAUGAAAGAGGCCUGGUCUGAGCAAUUCCUGGGAUAGCUGAAGAGAUCAGCUUUGGGGCGAUAGGGGCUGACCAUUUGCUCAUCGAAGCCUGCCAGCCGGAUGACUUUUUCAGCCACUGCUGCUGUACGUGAGUCCCGCUCCACAGUGAGAAGGCGACUUCCAGGGGGCAAGGCUCUCGCAAUAAGCAGUGUGGAGUAUCCACAGUAGGUGCCCAGCUCCAGCACACAAGCAGGGGCCUUCUCUUCCACCAGCCGCAUCAGAAUCUGACCUAUGGGGCAAGAUGGCUAUUUUAGAAGACAUUCAAAACAGGUGUGCCCAGAAUCAAACAUGCUGUGCUUUCUGAAUGUUGUAUUUAUAUAUGAGGCUGACAGGCUGCUUUUGCCUUUUCCCACACCUAUCUCCAUCCACCUGGCCAACUUGAAGUGAAGUCUUCUAGACUCAGUUUAGAUGUUCCUUCCUCCAGGAGGGCCCAGGCGAAAUAUCCACCCUACAGGUUCCCGAGACAUUUUCAGUUUUAUACUCAAAUGCACUUCCCUAUUGCUGAUUGUUUGAUUUGGGAAUUGAAUAAAUCUCUUAAUACUUAGAAGUACUUGUGCUGUCUCAGCAGACAGCUCUCCUGAGUUGGUUGUGGAAGCCUCUUUGGUAGGGAAGAAAGUCUAGAAGAGAUAAUUACAAAGCUCUGAGUUAUGACUAUUCCCCUAUGUUAUGAUCUCUUUGAGGCCAGCAUUUGUGGCUGGUUACCCUCUGUGAUCUCUGCCUCCCUCAGCACCUGGUGCAAAAGAGUGGCAAUAAAUGUCUGCUGGAUAACUGAA